CAUCUCCUAUCUAAUUAAAGAACUGAGCUGAUUGGUUCACCAAUUCACCCAAUCAACCGGCCGGAUUGUCCGGUUUUUAUAACUGUGCAAACUGCAAACUUAUCCUUCUUCUGCAACAAACAAUAGAGCUGCAGUACUGGUUGCUCUCACACGUCAUUGACGACCUCGCUUGAGAGUGGGAGAGGAAUUUUACUGCUCGAGAGAUUUCAAUCCAACGCUCAAUCAUGGUUCUUUUACAGCCAGACCCGUUUCUGAAUGAACUUACAAGCAUGUUCGAACACAGUACUGAGAAGGGAACUGUUUGGGUUACUCUCAAACGAUCAUCGUUGAAGUCUAAGGUGCAAAGGAAUAAAAUGGCAGCUGCUGGUGAACCCCUUGAAUAUAGGUGUCUAAUCCGUGCAACCAAUGGCAAGAAGACAAUCUCUACUUCAGUUGGACCAAAGGAUCACCAGCGCUUUCAGGCUUCAUAUGCAACUAUUCUCAAGGCUCACAUGACUUCUUUAAAGAAGAGGGAAAGAAAGGACAAGAAAAAGGUUCCAGGGGCUGAUAAGAAAGAAGGUGGCUCAAAGAAGCCCAAGAGAGCCUGAACUCCUAGGUUUUUUAAUUUCAUUUUUUUUGAAUCAUGAAUUACCGAGUCUUAAGGAUGGGAUUUUGUUUGACUGCCCUUUUCUGGCCGAUGUUUCAGUACAGUUGGGUCCUUUUAUUUGGUUAGCAUUUUAUGAGAACAUUUUGGAAAAAGGAAUUGUAGAUAUGUUGUGGUUGGUUUAAGUUUAGUUUAUUUUUUGCCAUAAAUAUUUUUGAAGUUUCAACCGGGAUGCAUGUUAAUAAGGAAAUACGAGGAUCAUGCAAAAUGGUGAUCACUUCGAGUGGGUGUCGAUUAUUAAGACAAUCUUUCUGAAUUAUUGGUAAUUUUGGCAUUACAUUUAUUGUUAUUCUUAUAAACUGUUUGGUGUUGAA